CUGUAAAAUCAGACUGAAAACCAUCUGUGAAUCAUGUCUGGACGUGGUAAAGGAGGCAAGGCCCGUGCGAAGGCGAAGAGCCGUUCAUCCCGUGCAGGGCUUCAGUUCCCUGUCGGCCGUGUGCACCGUUUCCUGCGCAAGGGCAACUAUGCCGAGCGUGUCGGUGCCGGCGCCCCAGUCUAUCUGGCCGCCGUGCUGGAGUACCUGACCGCUGAGAUCCUCGAGUUGGCCGGGAACGCUGCCCGUGACAACAAGAAGACCAGGAUCAUCCCCCGUCAUCUUCAGCUGGCCGUCCGCAAUGACGAGGAGCUGAACAAGCUUCUGUCCGGCGUGACCAUCGCUCAGGGAGGUGUGCUGCCCAACAUCCACGCCGUGCUCCUGCCCAAGAAGACCGCUAGCAAAUCUGCUUAAUUUCUAAACUGGACGCUGCAAACCCCGGCCCUUUUCAGGGCCACCCACAUCUUGUGAAGAACUGUACUGUACCACAUUUAUCCAACAUCAUAUACAUAACUAGCCUGGAUACCAUACACUAACCUCAGAUAUCUUUCGUGUAUCAGGUAUCUUUCCUGCACGAUAGAUACUUGAAUGCUGAUGCAGAGUGUCCAGACCACUGCAUCAGCAGAAUACAGUGGACUACUACUACUACAGAUACUUGAGAUCGGGCUGGGGUUUGGUAACCACCAACCAGGCUAAUACAUAACCGCGGUGGCCAA